GACAAAGAUCGGCAGGUUGAGGCGUGGCGCGAGAAUUCAAUUUCUUUCUCUUUUCCAGUGCAUUGAUUGAGGCACAAUUAAUUUCUCAACCCAACAACAACGAACGUAGUAAAAAUGAUGAAGACUGUUGCUCUCCUUGCCUCUUUGGUGGCUUCUGCCUCUGCCUUUGUGCCUGCUGCGCCCCAGCAGUCCAGUGCUUCUACUGCGCUCAACGCCAAGGCCGACUAUGUCAAUGACAUUGGUGUGACAGCUCCCCUUGGAGUCUUUGAUCCCUUUGCCAAAUUGGACAAGAUUGACAGCACAGAAUUCAACCGUCUUCGUGCUUUGGAACUCAAGCACGGCCGUGUUGCCAUGUUGGGUGUUGUUGGAUACUUGACCACCUAUGCCGGUGUUCGUCUGCCAGGAUUGGAAGAUGUCCCCUGUGGAUGGGCCGCCUGGGAAGCUCUUCCCGGAGAUGUUUCCAUUCAAAUGGGAGCCACUUGGAUCUUUAUGGAAAUGGCCAACCGAGACCAGACUGGAGGAAAUGCAGAAUUCGUAGGAGACUUUCGCAACGGAUACUUGGACUUUGGAUGGGACAGCCAAACCGCAGAAUGGAAGACCAAGAAACGCACCAUUGAAUUGAACCAAGGACGUGCCGCUCAAAUGGGUGUCUUGGGACUCAUGGUCCACGAUGCCAUGGGCAAUGUUCAGGAUAUCCUUCCCUAAAUAUUGGGACUUCUUUUUUUUCUUUUUACAGUAAUCAAUCUUGUGACAUACAUACUAGAGAACCACCCAUUUGCUCCUGU